AUGGAGGAAAUAGAGGAAAUGGAGGAUAUAGAGGAGACGGAGGACACAGAGGAGAUGGAGGAUACAGAGGUCGCGGUCGAAGUAACCGCUACUACGGCAGAGGAAGAGGGCACGGAAGAUCUUAUUGGGACAGUAGAGAUAAAACAAACAUCACAUGUUUCAGAUAGACUUCUCAAGCUACAAGAGACAACCGAGAGCAAAGAUGGAGAUGAAACUCACGAAGCUGAUGGACUUUUAAUGCAUGAGGUUGUAUUUCUCAACAAACGGAACGUGAAACCUAAAGAUCUUGAGUCUAGUACUGAUGGAGAUAAGAUAUGGUACUUAGACAAUGGAGCAUCUAACCAUAUGACAGGAAACCGCAGCUUCUUCAGGACUAUUGACAACAUGAUUACCGGGAAGGUCCGUUUCAGAGAUGAUUCGAGAAUAGACAUCAAGGGAAAGGGAGCCGUUCUGUUUAUCACUCCCAACGGAGAGAGAAAGAUCCUUGCAGAUGUCUACUACAUUCCAAAACUCAAAAGCAAUAUCAUAAGCCUCGUUCAAGCCACAUAA